AUGAUGGCUCUCCAAAAAUGGGUGGCAUUUUAUGAAGGGGAAAAACCGAAACUCAUUGGUUAUUGGUUACUUGGUUGCGCGCACGUGGUUGGAAUGUUCGCCAAUAGCAUGGAAAACGUCUACACGUCAACGAUCCCUGGAGAGUACACGAGAAAUGGCUCAUACGGGGUUCCAACUUGGGCACAACGACCCUCAUAUCUUGAGGUGUUACCUACACCGUACCUACCUACCGGCACAGUGGCGAAUUCUCAUCGAAGAUUGAAAUAG